CCGACCGUCUCUGCCGGCCUUCCUCCGGUAAGCACCUCUGCCGACCCUCGCGAACUCCGUUCUUUGCUCUCUCGGGCCUUUCCCUACUGUCGCCCCCGCCACCUUGGAUCAUGUUCAAGAAAUUUGAUGAAAAAGAAAACGUGUCCAACUGCAUCCAGUUGAAAACGUCAGUUAUUAAGGGUAUUAAGAACCAGUUGAUAGAACAGUUUCCGGGCAUUGAACCAUGGCUUAAUCAAAUCAUGCCUAAGAAAGAUCCGGUUAAAAUAGUGCGGUGCCACGAGCAUAUAGAAAUCCUUACGGUAAACGGAGAGUUACUGUUUUUUCGACAGAGAGAAGGGCCUUUUUAUCCAACUCUAAGGCUACUACACAAAUACCCAUUUAUCCUGCCACGACAGCAAGUUGAUAAAGGAGCCAUCAAAUUUGUGCUCAGUGGCGCAAAUAUCAUGUGUCCAGGCUUAACCUCGCCUGGAGCCAAGCUUUACCCUGCUGCAGCGGAUACUGUUGUUGCAAUCAUGGCAGAAGGAAAACAGCAUGCCCUGUGUGUUGGCGUUAUGAAGAUGUCAGCGGAAGAUAUCGAGAAAGUGAACAAAGGGAUUGGCAUUGAAAAUAUCCAUUAUUUAAAUGAUGGGCUGUGGCAUAUGAAGACAUAUAAGUGAGCCUCAGAAGGAAAACACUUGGGCUAAAUAUGGACAUUGUGCUGUGUCUGUGUUUGUGUCUGUGUGUGACAGCAUGAAGACAAUACUUCUAUGGUUAUGCUGAAUAAAUUCAGCAGUUGCUACAAAAACAGAAAAGUAAAGAUUUGGAACGAG